UGUACGCCUCCUUGAUGAUUUCUGGGAGUUGUAGUUCUUUGCCCUAUCUCUGCCCCUCCUGUUUCCGGUGCCGUCACGGGACAGAGCAGUCGGUGACAGCCCCGAGGGCCCCCGCCCCGCGCCCAUGGCCGAGCCGGAUCGACUCAGAUUCAGACUCUGAGGAAGGAGCCGCUGGCGGCGAAGCAGAGAUGGACUUCCUGCGGAACUUCUUCUCCCAGACACUGGGCCUGGGCACCCAGAAGGAGCGUUUGCUGGACGACCUGACCCUGGAAGGGGUGACCCGCUACAUGCAGAGCGAGCGCUGUCGCAGGGUCAUCUGUUUGGUAGGAGCUGGGAUCUCCACAUCUGCCGGCAUCCCUGACUUCCGCUCCCCAUCCACUGGCCUCUACGCCAACCUGGAGAAGUACCAUCUUCCUUACCCGGAGGCCAUCUUUGAGAUUGGCUACUUUAAGAAACACCCAGAGCCCUUCUUUGCUCUCGCCAAGGAACUCUAUCCUGGGCAGUUCAAGCCAACCGUCUGCCAUUACUUCAUCCGCCUGCUGAAGGAGAAGGGGCUGCUGCUGCGCUGCUACACACAGAACAUAGACACCCUGGAGCGAGUGGCAGGGCUGGAGCCCGAGGACCUGGUGGAGGCCCACGGCACCUUCUACACCUCACACUGCAUCAGCCCCCUCUGCCGGCGGGAGUACUCGCUCAGCUGGAUGAAGGAGAAGAUCUUCUCAGAGGUGACUCCCAAGUGUGAGAAAUGUCACAACGUGGUGAAGCCUGACAUUGUGUUCUUCGGUGAGAACCUCCCAGCGAGAUUCUUCUCCUGCAUGCAGUCAGACUUCCUGAAGGUGGAUCUCCUCCUCAUCAUGGGCACGUCCCUACAGGUGCAGCCCUUCGCAUCCCUCAUCAGCAAGGCACCCCUCUCCACCCCACGCCUGCUCAUCAACAAGGAGAAGACUGGGCAGACUGACCCUUUCCUGGGGAUGAUGAUGGGCCUCGGAGGAGGCAUGGACUUCGACUCCAAGAAGGCCUACAGAGACGUAGCCUGGCUGGGUGACUGUGACCAGGGCUGCCUGGCUCUUGCCGACCUCCUCGGAUGGAAGAAGGAGCUGGAGGAGCUCGUCCGGAAGGAGCAUGCCAGCAUUGACGCCCAGGCAGGAUCGGGGAGCCCCAGCCCCAACCCCAACACUUCAGCUUCCCCCAGGAAGUCUCCACCUCCCGCCAAGGAGGAGGCCAGGACCGCAGAGGGAGAGCGGCCCCAGUGACAGCUGUGGCUCCUGGGCAGAACUCUCGCAGAGCCCCCGCCAGCCCUGGCCCCCUCUAACUUGCAGCUCUUGUCUGGGGAGCUCAGAACGUUUCCCCAGUCUCUUAACCACCCCCCAAAACUGAGGUCCUACCCCCUGACCCUGGCAAACCUCUAACAGCACCCAGGAGCCGAGGCCUGGGCAGCCCGGCUGUAAGAGCCCGCAGUCUCUAACCACCUGCUGGGACGGGGGUCAACCUCCGCUAAUCUCUAACUGCUCCCAGGGCCAGGACUGCCUCUAAACUUCUAACUGUUCCCGACAGGGGCCCCAGGCCUCCCCAGGGCUCUCUAUGUCUUCUGCCGCUCCUAAGGGCCUGUGCCCAGGUUGGCCAAGUCUAACGUGGAGUGUGGGCCCUCCAAACCUAACAUCCUCUGUGGGGAGCUGAGCCUGAAGGCCUCCCGAGUCUGGGCCUCCCACUCCCAAAGUGGGUGCUGGACCUGUUCCCUCUGGGACUCUCUUCCCCUGCCGGGAGGGGCUGACAAUGUUGCUCAUUGGAGACAAAUUAAAAACAAAAACAACUAACAAUCAA